AUGCCCAAAAUCAACCUGCCGCCUUUGCCCGUUUCUUGUCUCUUUGGAGUCAGGAAGCCUUCUGGACCGACGUCAAUGUCUGUCGUAAAUGAUAUACAAGUUCUCGUCCAAAAAUCAAGACUUUUUGUAGAAGCAUCGAAGCUAGAACAGGCUGCUGGUAAAAAGGCCAGAGGUCGCAACCGAUUCAAGGGAAAUGUCAAGAUAGGACAAGGCGGUACACUUGAUCCAUUAGCAGAUGGCGUCCUUGUGAUUGGUGUCGGAAAGGGUACAAAACAACUGUCGUCUUUUCUUGAUUGUACAAAGGAGUACAUCACGACGUGUUUAUUGGGAUGUGAAACUGAUAGCUACGAUGGCGAAGGUGCUAUAGUUCGGACAGCAUCGUGGAAACAUAUAACACGAGAAGCGGUUGAAAGAAAGCUUGGUCAGUUCACAGGCCAGAUCGAGCAAGUACCUCCCAUAUUUUCUGCCCUGAAGAUGGACGGAAAGCCAUUAUACGAAUACGCCCGUAAGGGCAUACCUCUUCCCAGGUCCAUCGAAUCCCGAGCCGUGACCAUACACAGUCUUGAGCUAGUCGAAUGGCUUGGAAGUGAUCAUCCCUUCUCUUGGCCCGCAAAGAAAAUGUCUGAUGAAGAAAAGCUCUCCCUUGAGAAGGCCGUUCAGGGCAUUGACGAGAAUGUGGAUCUGAAGGAUGCACCGGAAUCGACGCCUUCAGACUUGGAGAGGCCCUCUGCUUUCGUUCUGAAAAUGAAGGUCUCGGGUGGCACAUACGUUCGAUCAAUUGUUCAUGAUUUGGCACACGCUGUGGGUUCAGCGGGACAUGUAGUUACAUUGACACGGAGUCGGCAAGGGAAUUUUGUUCUGGAUCAGGAAGAAGAAGAAGACCACGUCUGUAUGCCGUUCGAGGUGUUUGCAGCAGAAAAUAGCAAGGACGUAGAUGAAGAUGGCUGGACGCGAUGGGAGAAAGAAGUAAUCAACCACUUACAGAUCGUUUCAACUUGA